AUGGCCCCGUCUGCCUUUGAAGAUCUUUGUCGCCAACGAGAUGUCAAACCUGACGACUGGCGCGCCAAGCUGGUCAUGCCAAUUAGUGCAGAUAAGAGCUUACAAGAAAUGACGGACGCUGAGAUCGAGGAGCACAACAGGAAAGUGCAAGAGAGAAUGCAGGAAGUCAGAAAGGACCGCGCUUUGCUGGCUCUGGAAAAGGCGCAGGAUGGAAGACUCGAGCGCAAAGCGAUGAAGGCCUGGAGCCAGCACGCAAAGGAGCAAACCAAGAUUCCAGCUGCGCAGGUGCCUGAGAUGAUGGAGUCCCUGGCUUUCGAACUGUCCAGCAACGAGGCUCACUUCUUGCUGGGCAUUCUCGGGGCCACCCAGGGCUCGGACGUUAACCUGGAGCACGAGGUUUCUCAAAACGAUUGGCUCUGGCUGGUUGGGGAAUGUCAAAUCCUCAAGGAGUCUUACAAGUUCUUCUUCCGCAGAGAGGAGUGGGAAGUGCAGUACACUGAUCAAUUGCGAAAGCUGACUCUCAAGGACCUGUGGACAACGAAAGGACAUCUAAGCCAAGGAACCCACAACAUCGGAUGGUGGUGGACAACUGGGGAGAAGGCGGACCAGGCCAGCGUGCUGCAGAAAUUCGCCUGGGGGGCGCAGCCGGAGGUGGACGAGGAACUGCUGGGGAAGAUGGAGCUCAUGAUCGGCCCUCGACUGAAGGACACAGAGGGCGUGCAGCAGUCCGCGGAGUGA